CGACCAGUAGACGGGCUGCGACCCUCGAUCGCCCAUGUAACAUCUGAUUUACUAAUUACCUAUAAUAUUCCUCCCAUUCGAAUGGCUGCCGACGGCUCGCUGAAUUCCUGCUCAGACAACCUGCCAUCGCUCCACUCUUUCAACGGUUCCUGACUACGGGGGUUUCCUAAUCCUACCCCGGAGAACUCGCGAGCAUCUCAUCUCCUUUUGCCUCUUCGUCAACUUGUCUGGACACUCUUUCUCCUUCACAACCCAACAUUCCGUGGAGACAACUUUCGAUAUCCUGCUCCCAGUCACCUUUUCCCAGGUUCCCUCCUUUCCGCUAUCCCGUUCGGUUCCGUGUCUUGUUGGAUGGCAGCCGCUGGGAUCCAAAGACUUUUCGGUCCUACCGCCCUCAAACCUCAAUCCAAUAAUCAGAUACGUCCUUUAUUAGGCCUGCUGGACUUUUCAUAGCUGGCGGUCAAAAAUCAUCGUGACACAUGCCGCCGGCCAGGACGAGAGCAGACGUUCAAGCGCAGAAGCAGAAGGAAAAGCUUGCCAACUCCUAUAGUGAACUAUUAGAAGAGUUUUCCUCGAAAGAUCUCCGGAGUGUAGGCAAUUACACACUUGGAAGGCUGAUUGGAAAAGGCUCUUUUGGAAAGGUUUACCUCGCUUCGCACAAACUCACCAAUGGCUCCAAGGUCGUGCUUAAGUCGUCGAAUAAGGAAGAUACCAACCUCGCACGGGAAAUCCAUCACCAUCGCCAAUUUCUUCACCCGCAUAUCGCUCGGUUGUACGAGGUGAUUGUCACGGAAAAGCUGGUCUGGCUGGUGUUGGAGUAUUGUCAAGGCGAUGAGCUAUAUAACUACCUCCUCCGCCACGGCCCGCUACCUGUCGACAAAGUGAAGAAAAUCUUCACCCAACUUGUCGGGGCCGUCGCUUACGUCCACAGCAAGUCCUGUGUGCACCGGGAUCUUAAGCUCGAAAAUAUUCUUCUUGACAAGCAUGAGAAUGUUAAGCUGUGUGAUUUCGGCUUCACCCGCGAAUAUGAGGGCAAGGCGAGUUAUUUGCAGACUUUUUGCGGGACCAUCUGCUAUAGCGCACCGGAGAUGCUGAAAGGGGAAAAAUACGCGGGUGAAAAGGUUGAUGUCUGGAGUUUGGGCAUCAUUCUCUAUGCUCUCCUGGCGGGGGAGCUACCCUAUGACGAUGAUGAUGACCAGGUUACCAAGACCCGGAUUUUGAUGGAGGAUCCGAUCUACAAUGACAAGUUUCCCGAUGACGCCAAAGCUCUGAUCAACUUGCUUCUCUCUAAGCGGCCGCUGCUCAGACCGAGUCUGGACGAAAUUCUAGCCCAUUCCUUCCUUGCCGAACAUGCCCCCGAGCAGCUGGCGAUAUUGAAGAUUCCCCGACCAUCUCCGUUCACUACACCCCUGGAGAAAACCACUUUACAGAGAAUGAAAAGUGCCGGUGUCAAUAUCGAUGAAGUCAUUGAGAACGUUCUGUCCCAACGAUGCGAUCCGCUUGCAGGCUGGUGGGCACUUCUGAUUGAGAAAGAGCAAAGAAAAGAGAAAAAGAGAGAGCGGAAGCGGCGGGAGCGCGAGAUUGAGGCGAAAAAUCUGCGUCGUCUCAGUGCAGCUAGCAGUCGACUCGAAAAGAUCUCGGCAGCCUUGAUGGAAGUCGAUGAAGAAGGACAUGCAACUCCAGAUAGGCUACAGGAUCGUGGCCGGAGGGAUAGACGGAGUCUUCCCUGUAAUCCCUCCCAACUUGCCGUUCCUGAACUGCCAGCCCUCCCGGAGCCCCUUCCAGUCCGUUCACCGGACUCCAUCGCGCCGCCUCCUCCCAUCGACAAAGACUCGGUUCGGUCAGCGAGCUCCUCAAGACAUCGCCCAGCCCCGCCCCCGAAGGACCGACGGCGAUCUCGACCCAGCAUGCUGCACGUUAGUGCUUCACAGCCUGACCUCGCGCAACACCGUAACCGCCAAGGCCGACGACACAACCGUCCAAUUAUCAGUCAGCUGGCACAGUUAAAACAUUGGUUCGUGGAGUCAGCAAAGCGAGCUAGGUCUCCUCAUGCGAAGAGCGCCGGGGGAUCUGGGCACCGCAAGUUCCUCUCUGAUAAACUGAGUCCGGCCAAGGGCCAUGAUGCCGCGAAGAAACAAGGGCCGAUGACGCCGGCAAUGGCGCCUUCGGGCGAUCUGCUCACCCCAACCCAGAUCAAAAGGUCCUCCAAUGCGAGCAGUCUGGCGCCCAGCAGCGCCUCGUAUCCGAACCACCGCCAUUCAUUCCCCCGGCAGCCUCGAAAUCUGAACACUAAUCCCAACCACCGAAACUCGCUGUCACCGUCUCCAAUCACACCGAGAAGCUCCUACCGCCGUUCUUCUGUCGGACUGCGAGGCCGCAAGUCGACCUCCUCGUCUGUCUCCUCGAUCCGCAGCAUCCAUCACGUUCAUACACAUUCCAAGGCUUCCUCUAUUUCCUCCAACAGUGUCGACACGGUGUCCACACCUACGGCCCGGAUUACCAAGUCCCCGCACUCGUCCGUCAAGGUCCUCCCCACGACGCCCAGCGCGUCCGCUCGAUUCCCCAGUAAUAUUCGACUGGUUCGUGGUGCGAGCAAUGGUUUCCGCGAGCAAGGGGAAUCCAGUGGGCGGGUUCAGGCCUCCUCCAUCUUCAACGAGGCCGCUCCUGUGCCGUUGAUGUAUUCGCCAUCGUCAAGCCUGGUCUUUGCACGACGAAAACGCUCCGCAUUCAAGGGUCCGAUGGUUACGGCCAACCUCAUGGUCUCAGCCGGCAUGCCUGCUCCCAACUUACCGCCGGCUAGCGAGGGAUCUGGCGGUGCAGCCGAUGGGCGCCCGAUGGCUCGCAAGAGCCAGAUCAUUGAAGAAGAGGACCUAGAAGAGGACGAGGAGGACAUCGAGGAAGUAGACAACUUCAGCGGCGCCGAGGACCAGAUGACUCAUCCCGACGAACACGAAGGGAGAAUCCUGGGAGAGCCGUUCGAGCCAGAACUCACAAUCACCAAGGUGGGAAGCGAAGAAACAGCGCCUGAUCAAUCCGUUAGAGCUGGGUCUCCGGACACGAUCCACAAACCGUUGUUAGCCCCCGCCCCAGACCUCGAUUCCAGCCCACUCCGCCCUCCACGAUCUUCAUCCCUGCAAGUUUCGCAGGUUCAGGGUGAAUCGGGCCAUGUGGACCAAGAUGAUGGGCAGCUAGCCAAGAACGAGGAAUAAUCUAUUCAGCCAUAUGCGUUUUCAUCUCAAGAGCCUUAUAUUAUCUCUUUACAGGGUCAUGCCUUCUUGAAGAGAGAAACUACUCUUUUACUAAUAGACUAUAGACUUGUGCACCUCACUUUUUUCUUAAUUUUCCAUUGUCUGUUGUUGUCUUUUCUUAUUUGUCUGCCUUCGAUCUAUCCUCUCUUAUACCCCAGUAUAGCAUGUUUUCUCUUUCCUCCUGCCUCCGGCGAUGAGAUGCCUUUUUUUUUCAAUUCUACCCCGCUCUAUUACUUCACCUGAACAACCCUUAUGUAUAUAGGCAUACUUUCAUACUCUCAUUUGCACUAUACUUGAUUUCAAGGCCUGAUAAUCAGAUACUAUCUUAUUCCAACCUCCAUGUAUGUAUUUCAUUAAUUGUGUUGUGGUUUGAAGUUCAGGCUUGACCUAUUCAUCUGACUUGAGUUAUAUCAUCC